UGGGACUCGGAAGUUGUUAGCUGCCUUAUCACCGACCCCACCUUCCAUCAUCAGCUAUUUAUACUCGCGGUUGAAUGUUCACGCGCCCCUCUUUUUUUUUUUUCCUCCCAUUUUCUCAAUUUCCCCUAACUUGUCUCUCUCACAUCAAUUCUCCCUCCCUAUCUCUCUCUCUCUCUCUAAAAGUUUCAGUUUUCCUUUCAUUUUUCUUCGUAUAGAAAAAGAAAAAAUGUCGUCGGCCGGAGAAGUUGGUGGCGCCGCCGGGAAUCGACCGCAGAAUUACCACUGUUAUCAAUGUGAACAGACGGUUACGAUUACGACGUUGCCGAAUUCGGAGCUUUGUUGUCCGAAUUGUAAUGGUACGUUUCUAGAAGAAUCGGAAACCGCUACGGUUUCUAACACUAAUGUUGGUAAUCAUCCGUUUUUCUCCGCCGCUACUACUGAUGACCUGCCUUUCGGCGUCGGCGGUGGAGGUGGCGGUGGUUUCCCGAUUGUUUUUUCUUCGACUGGGAAUACAGGUUCCGGUGGUUCUGUUGGUUUUGAUGAUCUUUCUGCGCUGUUUGGUGGCAUGGCUGGUGGUGGUUCGGGUGCUUUUACCGGUAGAGGAUCGAAUCAAUUUGACCCGUUUGCUUUUCUGAAUAACUAUUUUAAUUCUAUGAGGGCGGGUGGUGCUAAUGUUCAGUUAAUUUUUGAGAAUCAUCCGGGAGGAGGUGGAGGAGGAGGCGGUGGUGGUGAAUUUAGGUUUCCGGGAAAUUUAGGUGAUUAUUUUCUCGGGCCAGGGCUUGAGCAAUUGAUUCAACAGCUAGCGGAAAAUGAUCCGAAUCGUUAUGGUACACCUCCGGCUGCGAAAUCGGCUGUUGCUGGGCUGCCUGAUAUUAAGAUCACUGGGGAUUUGUUGGAUUCCGAUUCAUCUCAAUGUGCAGUUUGUAAAGAUACUUUUGAACUCGGGGAGGAAGGGAAACAGAUGCCUUGCAAACAUAUAUACCAUAAGGAUUGUAUAAUGCCAUGGCUGGAGUUGCACAAUUCGUGCCCAGUUUGUCGUUAUGAGCUGCCUACCGAUGAUGCUGAUUACGAGAAUAGGAAAACAUCACAGCAACAGACUGGCAAUACGAGUAAUAGUAAUGCCAAUAACACUAAUGCUGGUGUGAUGUUUGGGGGUUUAGAAGGUGUGGGAGAUCAGGAGAAUUCUCAGACACCUCGUGCAGGGGAGAGGAGGCUUAGGAUACCGUUACAAUGGCUUUUCAGGGGACUUGGAUCACCUGCCGAGACGAGCAACAGUGGAGGAGCCAACAAUGAUAAUAACAAUGGAAACAACAACAAUACGAGCAACAAUGCUCCUCGUGAGGAUUCUAAUCCAGGUUCUGGAGGGCAAGCGAGGCAGGAGGAUCUUGAUUGAAGAGUCCUCACUUUGCUUCCUUGGAUGUCGGGGUGACUUAAUUCAGCAAAAAACAAGAUUAAAGAUAUGAGAGCCCCCUUCUCAAGAGACAGGAGUGCGGAUAGAGGGUAGAUAGAUUGGGGAAAUGCUUGUGUAGAUUUCCAUUUCUGCAUCCCUCUGUGGUUACUGAUUUCAUUUUUUUUUUUUACAUCACUGUAUACUUGCAUGCUCAGCUUUGCGAUUCAGCUAUGUGGAUAUGUCGUAUUUCCCGACUGAGGUGACAGUCGUUUAUGUGUUGUCUCUGUCAUGUUUCAAAUUGGUGCCAAAGAGGCUAUUUAGCAGUCAUGUCAAUAUUUUAGUUGUUCUGCAGUAUCAUGCCUUCUUUGAUGGGAGCAUGGCUUGCUUAUUGGGGUUUUCCAUCUUCAUCUUCUGGCGGGAGAGCUGAGGUUUCUCAAGUUGUCAAGUGUGUACCGAGUUGUAAAAGAACAUAAUACAGAAAGUAGUAGUAGAGAUCAAUGAUUUGAUAGUGUUUCAAUUUUGAUUUCAAAAAAAUGAUUCGGUAGUGUCCCCGUUAUAAUGAUUACUGAUAAAACUUAAA